UGGGAUGUUGACAAAUGUCAAAGGAAACUACCUAAAAUUCUAACUUAUUGUUAUUCACCUAUAUUCAUUUUGAAUCAAUGUAUAUGAAUUUAUGAUUUCGAUGGAAAAUGGUUUACAAUGACUACAUGAACUUUUAAAUAUACUUAAGCCUUAAGCAUUUUUGCUUCAUUCAAACAAUACAAAUUUGAGGAUAUGACUCUAGAAGAUCCAUACUUUGUUGUGAAAGAUGAGGUUUUUAAAGCAUUGAAUAAAACUCGAGGCCUUUACCUUCGAUGGAUUAAAAUUCAGGAAGAUCCUAUUUGUGUGUCAAGGGAAGAAAUUGAAUGGAUUAAUACAGAGUUGAAAAAUUCUUUACGUAGUAUCGAAUGGGAUUUAGAAGACUUAGAAGAUACAAUUGAUAUAGUAGAGAAAAACCCGACCAAGUUCAAAAUAGAUAAUAAAGAAUUAACGGUACGAAAAAAAUUCAUUGAAAGUACUCGAGAAGAAGUAAAGCUGAUGAGAGAUAAAAUCAUUAUGAAUCGUGGAAGGGAUAUUGACUAUUCAGCUAUACAGCCAUUGCUGGAUACAAGUGAGGUUAAGGUGACCAGCUCGAGGGGAACAACCAAGUAUUCCAAAUUGGAGAAUGACAUCGAUAGCCCCCAGAGAAAUUUCAUCAAAGACAAUUUCACUCAACAACAGUACUUGACCAGACAACAAGAAGAACAUUUGGAAGCUAUUGGAGACAGUUUGGGUUCCCUUAAAAAUAUGUCGAGGCAUAUUGGAAUAGAAUUGGAUGAACAAGCAGGAAUGCUGGAUGAUUUCGGUACCGAGUUGGAUGCAACAGAGUCGAGGAUGGAUUCUGCAAUGAAACGAGUUGCUAAGGUUCUUCAUAUGACAACUGAUCGACGCCAAUGGACUGCCAUCAUCAUUUUAUCUAUUACUUUAUUUAUUGUGAUACUUUUAUUUACUUUACUGUGAUUUUUAUUUGCCAUUUUUGAUUGAACUUAGUACAAUAUACUAUUAUUUUUAAGGUUUA